AUCUUGAGUAAAUUGGUCACAACACUUCUGGAAGUACUGAUAUAGGCGCCAAUUGACUUUUCUAUUAUUAAUAAUAAUAUUAGAAACUCAUCCAAAAUUAGAGGGUUUUAUUCUUAAACUUAGUUUUAUUAAGUGAAAUUCAGAAGUGCCGAGUACAAGGAAAAACUAGUUGUCCAAUUUGAAGUCAUAGCAAAGAGACUCGAUCAGUCAGAUCAUGCGGCAGUUUACACAAGAUGAUGAUUCUGGAGAUAUAGUUAAAACUACAGUAAAAAAUCCUCCAUGGGGAACAGAACCAGAGACUCCUGCUUCAGCAUCAGCUGGUAGAAGAAAAGGCUUUCCAUGGACAACAUAUGCCAGGGAUUAUAUUGGUGUGCCUGGAUCCGUGGCUUUGCCACAGAGAAUGAGAACAGCAGAUCACCUCCCUAGGGGAUGGCCAUUUGAAAGGUCGCACUACGCAGGGACCUUUAGGACUCCUCCAGUCCAAUAUAGCAGACACAGCGCACCAACACCAAUCUCUGUCCAUCGAAAAAAUAAUCCCCAUCCUCGCCUACACGAUCCAUGGCAUUAUCCAGAUAAGACAUAUCUAGUGUGGAGGAAUGACGUUGCUGCUGAAGCUCCACGUGAAGUCAAGUCAGCUCCUGUCAACAUACUACAAACUGAUAAACAUCGGUGGUUUUCCACCACUUAUAAUACGACAUUCCAAGGCAAACCGCUUGUUCCGCAAAACUAUAAGCAACGUAACCCAUGGAAACCUGAUAGAUUUAGGCCCGAUUCAAAAGCCCAAACACCUGCCCUUCACUGGCAGUCCAUGACGACGCAUGAUUAUAAAGGAGGACAUGGUAAACCUUCGACAACUGAAAGGCCAUACGACAUGUCUUGGAGUAAUCUCAGCAUGUGAUGUUGCCCAAUGAUAUGCUUCAUCAAUACAAUUAAUUUCACAAUCCAAACAAUUCUUUAAGGAUGAUAUGGGGUCCUUCAGCAAGGAAUGACGUGAUAAGGAAAUCAGAGAAUACAUUUGAUAAAACUAUCCUCUUUUUUACCUUUAUAAAACCAAACAUUUGACCCCAAGCUACCCCAUGAUGCACUGCCGAAACCAAAAGCUUGUUACUAUACGUUUUGAAUUCCCAGACAGAUAAGCACCGAGCUACAGUAAACAAAAUUCGUAAUUUUUGAGCACCUAUUAAGUUUUAAAGUUUGUGGGAAGAUGUUAAAUAAGAUUAAUGUUUGAAUGUGAAGAUUCCAGACCUCUAGAUCUAACAAACUUUGACCAAUAACUGAAGAAUAUUGAAUAUUAUGAAUAAUAAUUGAAUAAUUUUUUUUUAAAUUGUGGACAACUAAUGAAAGUGCAUGCAGUAAACCAGUGAAAAUGUUUAAAAGUAAAUAGUGCAAAAUCCUA